AUGGAGCUGCCACCAGUCCUGGAGCGGCCCCUUUGGCUCCCCGGGUGGCAAUCGCAGCGUCCUGAGGCUCUGACCGAUGCAAGAGCACAGUGCCGGGAUGGCCACAAAGGAUGGGUGUUGCUUGUCGACAGAUCUCGUCAUGCCAGCAGUGAUUCCCGCCAGCCGAGGGGUCACCUUUGUUUCUUUCACAAAAUAAACGGCGGGGCUCUGCUCGCUAUGUCUCGUCACGUAACUCGCUGUAGCCGUUUAGGUUUUGAAGGCCCUACAGAGCACGCCAGCGUCAAGGCGAGGGAGUGGAGCGGAGCUGCCGAAGCGGCGUCCGCUCGCCCUCGGAAGCAGUCCGAGAGUGAACUGGUGAGAGGGCGUUCACUGAGUGGCGCUCGUCCUCUGUGCUUUUAGGACACUACACCCGAUGAACUGCUGUCUGCCGUGAUGACAGCCGUCCUUCAGGAUGUCAAUCUUCGUCCCGAGGCCCUGGGAGACAUUUGUGUGGGAAACGUGCUGCAGCCUGGAGCUGGGGCUUUGAUGGCAAGAGUCGCUCAGUUCCUAAGUGGUAUUCCAGAGACGGUGCCGUGCUCGAGCGUGAACCGGCAGUGCUCCUCUGGGCUGCAGGCCAUCAUCAAUAUAGCUGGUGGCAUCCGAAACGGAGCGUAUGACAUUGGCUUGGCCUGUGGCGUGGAAACGAUGUCCCUCAGAAGUGCAAAUAACCCUGGUGACAUCAGUUCCAGCGUGAUGGAAAACAGCAAAGCUCGAGAUUGCAUUAUUCCUAUGGGAAUAACCUCAGAAAACGUGGCAGAGAAGUUUGGAGUUUCCCGAAAGAAGCAAGAUGCCUUUGCCUUGGCUUCCCAACAAAAAGCAGCAAAAGCUCAGCAGAUGGGACUGUUUAAACCCGAGAUUGUUCCAGUGAAGACCACUGUUCUAGACAAUCAGGGCAACAAAAAAACAAUCACGGUGCACCAGGAUGAAGGGAUCAGGCCCUCCACGACCCUGGAAGGCUUGGCAAAGCUGAAGCCUGCCUUCAAAGAGGAUGGUAGCACCACAGCAGGCAACGCCAGCCAGGUCAGUGAUGGAGCAGCCGCUGUUCUCCUGGCAAAACGCUCCAAAGCGGCGCAACUGGGGCUCCCAGUCCUGGGGGUGCUCAGGUCCUUCGCUGUGGUUGGAGUCCCGCCCGAUGUUAUGGGCAUAGGACCAGCCUACGCAAUCCCCGUAGCUCUGGAGAAGGCGGGUCUGACUCUGAAUGACAUCGAUAUAUACGAAAUCAAUGAGGCCUUUGCGAGCCAGGCUGUGUACUGUGUUGAAAAGCUGGGCAUUCCCAUGGAGAAGGUCAACCCCCUGGGAGGAGCAAUAGCACUGGGGCACCCACUGGGCUGUACUGGCGCUCGUCAAGUUGUCACUUUGCUCAAUGAACUGAAGCGCAGAGGGAAAAGAGCGUACGGUGUUGUGUCCAUGUGCAUUGGCACCGGCAUGGGGGCUGCCGCAGUAUUUGAGUACCCGGGGAACUAAACUCCCGUCUACUGACGAAACAACACAACAGCUCAUUCCCUGCCUUCUCUCCGAAUAGCAAAUGAAUUGCACUGGGAAAUCAAGUGGAUUCAGGGAUUCGUUUCUAGAUCUACAAAUUUUAGGCACAAAUUGCGAAGUAGAAUAAAUGGUACGGGUCUCCUGAGCAGGUGCAAAAAUGCAAAACUGGCAUUUGCUUCAGCGUUAAAAAGCAUCCUGACAUGAGAAGAGAAAUCAGUUCAGCUGAAGUUCAACUGCAGGCCCU